UCAGGUGCUUUCCUUCCCUCCUUGGCGAAACUGGAGACGUCACAAAAUGGAGUUGACGCUCGAUACCUGACUGAUUGGGAGAAUUUACGGUUAGAGCACGAUGUAAAGUUGUUUUUCGCACAUAGUUGUGAAGAAGAUACAAGAAAUUCAACGAGUGGAUCUCGGAGGACGACAGAAUGAAGAUAAUUUGGGCGUUGUUUAUCGCCGCAGCUCUAGCGACAGAGUGGGCCAUGGCUGUUUCGGUCAGCAGCCCGGCAAAGCGCUACGUGGUCAUCUUGUUCCAGCCCGUAACGCUCACAUGCAACUUCCAGACCACUGCCACACAACCGCCGGUGGUCACGUGGCGCUACAAGUCGUACUGCCGCGACCCAGUGCAGGCGGCGCUCAACCCCAGCAGCGCUGACAACAUCCUGUCGCAGAACAACCCCAACUACGACCCCAACAUCGAGUGCGCCGACAGCCAGCGCACGGUGCGCAUCGUGGCCUCCAAGCAGGGCAACUCUGUCACGCUGGGCAGCGAGUACCAAGGACGCAAGAUCAGCAUCAUCAACAAUGCUGACCUGAACAUUGCGCAGACGGCGUGGGGCGAUAGCGGUGUCUACGUGUGCUCUGUCAUUUCCUCGCAGGAUCUCUCAGGCAACGGAGAGGACUACACUGAGCUCAUUGUCUUGGAGAGAAAGUCAAAUGCUACUGACCUGCUGCCUGGCAUUGACUUACUGGUUAUGGAAGAUUGGCUGCUGGUGGUGGUCGUGGUGUUGGCCUUCCUGCUGCUGCUGCUGCUGAUGGGCAUCUGCUGGUGUCAGUGCUGUCCCCACACGUGCUGCUGCUACGUCAGCUGCCCCUGCUGCCCCGACCGAUGUUGCUGUCCGCGGGCACUGUACGAGGCGGGGAAGGCGGUGAAGAAAGGCAUGGCCAACCAGUACGCCACCGUCUACGCGCCGAGCAUGUACGCCCAGCCGGCCUACAGCGGGCCACCCGUCCACCAGCCCGCUAUGCCGCUGCUUCCUCUGCCCAACGGUGUCAGGGUCCCGCCCUCGCAGAACGGGUACGGACGCGAGUACGACGGCGCAAGCUCUGUGGGUCAAGGCUCCCAGGUGCCUCUGCUGCAUGACCAAGAUGGCGGCGCCGGUGGCGACCAUACUCGGAGUGGCUAUCGCAUCCAGGUGGACCCUGACGGCAACGCCACGCGCGCCAUCUACUACAUGGAGAGAGAGCUCGCCAACCUGGACCCGUCCAGACCCGCCAACUACAACCGCUUGGACAACGCGAGCGAGGUGACUUCGCUGCACGACAGCGCCGACCCGCGAUCCCGCGGCGGUCGCGCGCAGCCGCCGGCGUUGUCCACCGUGUACGAUGAUGACGAGGGCAUGAGCACCAUCAGCAGCGUUUCGCAACACAUGCGCCGCCGCCCGGACGACCCGCCGCGCCGUGGCUACAUGAACGAGCGGGCCCGGGCCCGCUCCAUGGAGAACUUGGACGACAUUGGGCGCCGCUACGGCCGUGACGACUACCCGCCGCACCGACGCCCGGACGAGCCCCGAGGCAGGAGAGGGUCUGACGACGACUGGAGCAGCAGCGGCCGAGCUGGCUACGACAGAGACGAGCGCAGACGCCGCGACCACUCCCCGGAUGACUAUCGAAGAGGAGCAGGCGGAGGAGGGUACGGCGCCCUUCCGGGGAGGCGCAGCCGCAGUCGCGACGACCUGAUGGCUCUGGAGAGGGACCGGCGACCGGGCGGCGGCCGGGACAGGAGGGACGACUACGACGACAGCAUCCUGAGAGAGGCCAUGGAGAGGAAGAGGCUGGGCGAGCAGCAGAGGGCUCGCAGCCGAGACCGACUGGGAAGCGACGAGGCGCGUUCGGAUCGAGGUCGGGCGCCGCCCGCCCGGGGGCCCCCGCCCCUGCCUCGGAACCCGCCGUCGGGACCCAGCGCUUUACCGCCACCCUACAGCGACGACGAGAGCAUGGCAUCGUCUAAGAAAAGCAACCUGCGCACGAAUGGAGCUGUGAGCCGGGAGAGCCUAGUGGUGUGAGGGGAGCGAAACAGAAAGCACCGCUUCCCCAAGAAACAAGUACUUUUUUUUUUUUUAAAUUGUACAGUUUUCAUUUUAUUUUUACUGUGCUGAAUUUUUUUUUUUUUUACCACUUUACUCACCAACCUAUGUUGCAAAUAGAAUUUAAAUGCAUGUAGUAUGUGUGUGAGGGAUGCGUGUUGCUAGUUUGUCAUUUUAUGAAUGAAACAUUGUGGCUGCCACAAGUGCCUUCAACUGUAUAAAAGUGUAGAUUUAGUUUGACUCCUUUUAAUUUAGUUGUUAUAUAGCCCUAGAGGGAUUUUAAGAUGUACUUUUUGGAAAGACUUUUUUAUCAUGUACUUUGCUACUUUCUGUAAAACAUUUAUCAAUUUCUAGAAUUGUGUUGUACCGCUCGCUGACCAUGAAAAUGCUCGACACACGAUGAGAAAUGUAACGCCCGUCCGUGUCUUGCUUGGCCAUCUAUGGAAAGUGACAUUUUCAACCACUAGAGGCCGCCACCACUGUGCAUGCCAACAGACAUUUGCUUUUAGAAUAUUCCCAACAAAUCAGAUUAAAAAUAUGUAUAUAUAUACAUUGUGUAAAUAUAA